AUGUUCCAGUCCCUGGAGUGUGGGAAAAGAUUUACCAGGAAGGGUUCCCUUGACAGACACAUCCUCACCCACACUGGGGAGAGAAAGUUCCAGUGCGUGGAGUGUGGGAAAAGAUUUACCAGGAAGGAUUCCCUUGACAGACACAUCCUCACCCACACUGGGGAGAGAAAGUUCCAGUGCCUGGAGUGUGGGAAAAAAUUUACUCGGAAAGGUCAUCUUGACACACACAUCCUCACCCACACUGGGGAGAGAAAGUUCCAGUGCCUGGAGUGUGGGAAAAGAUUUAUCCAUAAAGGUUAUCUUAACAAACACACCCUCACCCACACUGGGGAGAAAAAGUUCCAGUGCCUGGAGUGUGGGAAAAGAUUUAUCCAUAAAGGUGAUCUUAACAAACACAUCCUCACCCACACUGGGGAGAGAAAGUUCCAGUGCCUGGAGUGUGGGAAAAGAUUUAUCCAUAAAGGUGAUCUUAACAAACACACCCUCACCCACACUGGGGAGAAAAAGUUCCAGUGCCUGGAGUGUGGGAAAAGAUUUACUCUGAAAGGUCAUCUUGACACACACAUCCUCACCCACACUGGGGAGAGAAAGUUCCAGUGCCUGGAGUGUGGGAAAAGAUUUACUCAGAAAGGUCAUCUUGACAGACACAUCCUCACCCACACUGGGGAGAGAGAGUUCCAGUGCCUGGAGUGUGGGAAAAGAUUUACUCGGAAAGAUCAUCUUGACACACACAUCCUCACCUACACUGGGGAGAGAAAGUUUCAGUGCCUGGAGUGUGGGAAAAGAUUUACUCUGAAAGGUGAUCUUAACAAACACACCCUCACCCACACUGGGGAGAGAAAGUUCCAGUGCCUGGAGUGUGGGAAAAGAUUUAUCCAUAAAGGUGAUCUUAACAAACACAUCCUCACCCACACUGGGGAGAGAAAGUUCCAGUGCCUGGAGUGUGGGAAAAGAUUUAUCCAUAAAGGUGAUCUUAACAAACACAUCCUCACCCACACUGGGGAGAGAAAGUUCCAGUGCCUGGAGUGUGGGAAAAGAUUUACUCUGAAAUGUCAUCUUGACACACACAUCCUUACCCACACUGGGGAGAGAGAGUUCCAGUGCCUGGAGUGUGGGAAAAGAUUUACCAGGAAGGGUUCCCUUGACAGACACAUCCUCACCCACACUGGAGAGAGAAAGUUUCAGUGCCUGGAGUGUGGGAAAAGAUUUACCAGGAAGGGUUCCCUUGACAGACACAUCCUCACCCACACUGGGAAGAGAAAGUUCCAGUGCCUGGAGUGUGGGAAAAGACUUACCCAUAAAGGCAGUCUUGACAGACACACCCUCACCCACACUGGGAGAUAGUAAAGUGGCCGUCUUCUACAACAAGGACAUUCCAGCAGGGAGACACACACACAAGGUGUGUGUGUCUGAUAUUGUUAUCUGAUGACCUGAUAUUGUUAUCUGGAACAAAGAAGAGAAAACAGCCAAAAUGAUAGAUGUUGCAGUCCCCAGUGACUAAGGCCUCAGUAGAGCUGAAAGGAAAAAAAUUACAAAAUAUCAAGACCUAAGAAAUGACCCACAUACAACGUGGUCACUGACGGACGUCGGUAUAACACCAGUGGUGGUGGCGGCGACAGGGCUGAUGAAGAAAAACCCGGAGAGCUGCCCUGAGGCAAUCCCUGGUCCCCCAAGUGCCCACGAGGUACAAACAGCUGCGGUCAAGGGAACAGUUGCUGUCCUGAAGAGAGUCCUCAGAUACACUGCUAACACUGCUUAGGGUGUAACUUUAGACCCCAGGCUUGGGGCCCAUUGCACUCACCAAACAAUGAAACAAGAAAAUGCAGAAAACAGGGAGAGAAAGUUCCCAGGCCUGCAGUGUGGGAAAAGAUUUGCCCUGGCAAUACCAGUGGUGACUUGUGGGUGUGGUGUGGUGACUGGCCACAUUACUGCCACAAACCAGCUGGCAAUACCAGUGGUGACUUGUGGGUGUCGUGUGGUGACUGGCCACAACAUUACUGCCACAAACCAGCUGGCAAUACCAGUGGUGACUUGUGGGUCUGGUGUGGUGACUGGCCAAAAGGUUUAUCCUGCAAUGUAAUGUUGACAAACAUCCUCACCCACACUGUGGUAAGGAAGUACAGGUGUGGUGUUUGUGGCAGUGUUUGUGUAGCAAGAGUGGUGUUGCCAGACACAUCCAAACACACCUGUGGGGGGUGAGGUGUUGUGGUUGUGGUGGUGGUGUGUGAGGGACUUGGAGUGACUAGUGUUUGUGUGUUGUUACUUUGUACUCAAGUGUUGGAAUAAACUUUUGUUGCUAGAA